GUCAAAAUUCACUCCGCUGGAUCACUGCUGGCAAACGCCUUCAUGCCGGAUCCGGGACGAAGAUGGGUGCACUGUUUCCGCGAUCACGUCGUCGCCGGCGCCAACUGGAGACCAACGCGGUUUGUCGAGGAGGUGUGGAAUUCGCGUGUUUGUGGGCUCUGUGGCAUAGUUCCAAAGCAGACGGUAAAAAUGCCAUGCUCACACUUUUUGUGCCAAUCCUGCCAUGAAACCAGCUCUCAGGGUGCGAGGGGCCGGUGUCCUUUGGAUCAGAAGCCAUUCGAGGAAGCCGAGUGCACCGCUAUCAACUUCCCAGCCAAGAAAGCGAACCGACUGAAGGUGUAUUGCUGGAACGAAUCCCAAGGCUGCAAGUUCAUGGGUACCGUGGAAGAUAUACUGCGGCACUUUGAGAACGAAUGCGUAUUUCACGCUGUGGAGUGUUCUCGGUGCUGCCACAAAGUCCUGCACAAAGACUUGCCGGCGCACUACGUGGCUGGAUGCAGCAACGGUGUUUCCGCAGGCUCAGAGUAUUCCUCCGAAUCUACAGCACUGACACUUGAAGGCUUAAGCACCCAGGAAGGAGAGGAGGCCUUCUCUCUGAACAAGCACUUCGCCCACCUGCUGUCUCUAAUACAUACCCAGAUACAUCAGCUCACAGAACACGUCAUGAGCCAGGAAGCCAUGUUAGCUGAGAUCACUCGAGAGCUGCGAGCAUCUCAGUACAACUUAAGAGAUAAUAUGGUUGAGACGAUCAGGACCACGAUCUCUUUGUCUUUGCAACAUCUAUUCCCCGCUCAGCAAAAUCCUAUGCAUGAUACCAGAACGUCGUUGACCCUGCCGUUACGCUUGGAGAAGGCGCUCAUACUUCGAAAGUUGGAACACUUUGCCAACGUGUCACUCAGCGCUCUGGAACGGCUGCGGCAGAACGCCCCGCAACGUGGUCGUCUGCCAGUCAUUGCUUAUUGCGAGCCGACGCGCCCUUCUCGCGAUAGAUUCCGGCAUUUAACCGUAGAUCAGGCAACGCCAAGCCCACCGAGUCCUGAACUUCAGGGCGUCAGCUAUUUCUUGACCCUCGAAAACGCUCAAGAAAUUUUUUUGGACCAGCAAGAGUGCCGAACGUUCGCCGAAGUCACUGUGUGGCACAUGAGGGACACUUAUUUUGUGCUUGCUGUCAGGAAGCGCCUCCAUGAGAGAAAUCUUGUUCUCGCUCUGGAUAUGGAGUUUAACGGUCUGCUUGAAGGCUCUCAUUGUUUGCCUUCUGCUGGGUGGGUGACGGCGUUGCAUCCGGACGGAUGGAGGAGUGAUAUGAUUGACGCCUCUAGGGGACCCUGUUCUUGUAAACGCCGUCUUGAUAUACUGCAACAUUUUCACCGAAUAUUCAUCAAGGACAUAGCGACUCUGAGAAACGGUUUCCUUCGAGAUGGAAAAAUGGUGUUCGAGAUCGAGUUGCUCAGUUAAAUGAACAGUUAUCCGACUGCAUCUACCUAAUGUUCAUCUUUG